AUGGUACUUUGGCACAAGAACACACAUAUAUUUCCUAAUGAUUUUACCUCUGUAUCUCUAGCAUUUUUUAACAGAUACCCAAAUCCAUAUGCAUCCCACGUUCUGUCUAUCGACACUCUAGAGAGACGGAUCGACUCUGAUGGUAAUCUACAUACAGUGAGAUUGAUAAAGAAGAAAGGUAAGCUUCCUCGCUGGGUGAGACCUUUGUUGAAUAACAUAUCCGAUUCAUGGAUCGUUGAGUUCUCAGUAGUAGAUCCUCGAUUGAAUAUCUUGAAGACAUACACAAAGAACCUGGACCAUACUCGUAUUAUUAAGGUUGAAGAGUUCACCGACUAUCAAUAUGACAAAGCCAACGAGUACACAUCUGUAAAUAGCAUGGUUAAGUUUUCUAGUGGAUUUAGACUAGGGAUUAAGAACAAGAUCGAAAAUUGGUCAUUAAAUAAAUUCAACGAAAAUAUCAUCAAUAGUAGACGGGGAAUGUCCUUCGUUAUGAAGAAGAUCAAGGAACGCACGCUGGAAUGA